AGCCUCCUUCCUCAAUCCACAUCUUAACCCUACGCAGUAAACUUCCUCCCACCGCCGCGGAAUCCGCCAUCGCCGACGCAACCCAAAGCCUCCUUCCUUGUUCUAUACUGCCGCAGCCGUCCUUAAGUCCGUCGCCGCCAUUCUGUAGCCUUUUCUCGGGGGCGGCAUGCCUGGGGGGCAUUGGGGGCAUUAAAAAUAUGCCCGGUGGCAUGGAGAGCAUGCCUGGCGGCAUUGGAGGCAUUGGGGGCAUGCCCGAGCCCGACAGUCAGCCCGAGCCGGACAGUCAACCGGGAGGUCAACAAAGAAGUCGACAACAAUAUAAUGAAAUCAAUUUGAAGUGGGUCAAUUUUUAUGACCCAAAGAAUGGGGGUGCCGAUUUGUAAUUUUAUUCUGUUGUUUGGUUUGUAGUACAAUUAAUUUUUUUAUGCUCUCAGACUGUUGUCACGGAUUAUUUCCGUUACUAUUUUUUUUACAACAGUUUCACUUUGUCAUGGAUUUAUCCCUGACUAUUAUAAUAUAUUUUAAAAUAUUCAUAAAAUUGGCUGACUAUUUUGUCAGGGAUUUGAAUCCCUCACAGAGUUCGCCGGCGGAAUCUCAGUUCGUGGUUAUGGAUUUUUCCGCAACAAAUCCCUAACAAAAUUUGUCAGGGAUAUUUUAUCCCAUACAAAGAUUUGUCAGGGCGCUGGAGUCAGUGAUAAAAUCCCUAACAAAAUCUCUAACAAAACUGUUUGUUAGGGAUUUUUUGAACUAUCGUCCCUAACAAAUUCCUUGACAAAUUCAAUGUUUUUUUGUAGUGGGCCUUCGCUAAGUUGCUAGAGUUGAUUGCUUGCUGCAGACUGAUGUGAGUUUGAAACGCCGAUUCCGCCGAACUGCCGAAGCGAUAUGGGGGCUAAGGAGAAAGGGAAGCUGGGCUUGAGUUGAGCUGUUGAGCCUUAAUGGAUUGGGCUACUGGGGAAGAGGGAAGUGAGAUUGAACCGAACAAACAAGAGAAAGGGGGAAUUGGGAUUGGGCUGCAGGGGCUCAAAUUAAUAAAAAUUAAAAUAUGUAUAUAUAUUUAAAAGAAAAGUAAUUCACUGCAGGGGCACGGGCACCUCCGGGCUCUAUGGUGGUUCCGCCCCUGAUUCGAACCGUACAUGCUUUUGUGGACACGCUUUUGUGCAUUCAGUUUUUUUUUGUUUUUUUUUUCGGACUUUACAACGCCUAUUCGAAAAUGUAUUCUAGUUUUAAUUAUUUUAAAAGCUCUUACCUAUUUCAAACAUGCUUGUGUUAUACUUCAUAUAUUUACUGCUUUGAACUCUAUUUUUUAAGUCUUCUUUUUUUCAGACUCUACAUCUCGGUUUAAUGUGUUACUAAAAACACCAAUUUGUAAUAAAAAUUGUUUAACAAUUUUUUAUUAGUUUUCUCGGGGGCGGCAUGCCUGGGGGGCAUUGGGGGCAUUAAAAAUAUGCCCGGUGGCAUGGAGAGCAUGCCUGGCGGCAUUGGAGGCAUUGGGGGCAUGCCCGAGCCCGACAGUCAGCCCGAGCCGGACAGUCAACCGGGAGGUCAACAAAGAAGUCGACAACAAUAUAAUGAAAUCAAUUUGAAGUGGGUCAAUUUUUAUGACCCAAAGAAUGGGGGUGCCGAUUUGUAAUUUUAUUCUGUUGUUUGGUUUGUAGUACAAUUAAUUUUUUUAUGCUCUCAGACUGUUGUCACGGAUUAUUUCCGUUACUAUUUUUUUUACAACAGUUUCACUUUGUCAUGGAUUUAUCCCUGACUAUUAUAAUAUAUUUUAAAAUAUUCAUAAAAUUGGCUGACUAUUUUGUCAGGGAUUUGAAUCCCUCACAGAGUUCGCCGGCGGAAUCUCAGUUCGUGGUUAUGGAUUUUUCCGCAACAAAUCCCUAACAAAAUUUGUCAGGGAUAUUUUAUCCCAUACAAAGAUUUGUCAGGGCGCUGGAGUCAGUGAUAAAAUCCCUAACAAAAUCUCUAACAAAACUGUUUGUUAGGGAUUUUUUGAACUAUCGUCCCUAACAAAUUCCUUGACAAAUUCAAUGUUUUUUUGUAGUGGGCCUUCGCUAAGUUGCUAGAGUUGAUUGCUUGCUGCAGACUGAUGUGAGUUUGAAACGCCGAUUCCGCCGAACUGCCGAAGCGAUAUGGGGGCUAAGGAGAAAGGGAAGCUGGGCUUGAGUUGAGCUGUUGAGCCUUAAUGGAUUGGGCUACUGGGGAAGAGGGAAGUGAGAUUGAACCGAACAAACAAGAGAAAGGGGGAAUUGGGAUUGGGCUGCAGGGGCUCAAAUUAAUAAAAAUUAAAAUAUGUAUAUAUAUUUAAAAGAAAAGUAAUUCACUGCAGGGGCACGGGCACCUCCGGGCUCUAUGGUGGUUCCGCCCCUGAUUCGAACCGUACAUGCUUUUGUGGACACGCUUUUGUGCAUUCAGUUUUUUUUUUCGGACUUUACAACGCCUAUUCGAAAAUGUAUUCUAGUUUUAAUUAUUUUAAAAGCUCUUACCUAUUUCAAACAUGCUUGUGUUAUACUUCAUAUAUUUACUGCUUUGAACUCUAUUUUUUAAGUCUUCUUUUUUUCAGACUCUACAUCUCGGUUUAAUGUGUUACUAAAAACACCAAUUUGUAAUAAAAAUUGUUUAACAAUUUUUUAUUAGUUUUCUCGGGGGCGGCAUGCCUGGGGGGCAUUGGGGGCAUUAAAAAUAUGCCCGGUGGCAUGGAGAGCAUGCCUGGCGGCAUUGGAGGCAUUGGGGGCAUGCCCGAGCCCGACAGUCAGCCCGAGCCGGACAGUCAACCGGGAGGUCAACAAAGAAGUCGACAACAAUAUAAUGAAAUCAAUUUGAAGUGGGUCAAUUUUUAUGACCCAAAGAAUGGGGGUGCCGAUUUGUAAUUUUAUUCUGUUGUUUGGUUUGUAGUACAAUUAAUUUUUUUAUGCUCUCAGACUGUUGUCACGGAUUAUUUCCGUUACUAUUUUUUUUACAACAGUUUCACUUUGUCAUGGAUUUAUCCCUGACUAUUAUAAUAUAUUUUAAAAUAUUCAUAAAAUUGGCUGACUAUUUUGUCAGGGAUUUGAAUCCCUCACAGAGUUCGCCGGCGGAAUCUCAGUUCGUGGUUAUGGAUUUUUCCGCAACAAAUCCCUAACAAAAUUUGUCAGGGAUAUUUUAUCCCAUACAAAGAUUUGUCAGGGCGCUGGAGUCAGUGAUAAAAUCCCUAACAAAAUCUCUAACAAAACUGUUUGUUAGGGAUUUUUUGAACUAUCGUCCCUAACAAAUUCCUUGACAAAUUCAAUGUUUUUUUGUAGUGGGCCUUCGCUAAGUUGCUAGAGUUGAUUGCUUGCUGCAGACUGAUGUGAGUUUGAAACGCCGAUUCCGCCGAACUGCCGAAGCGAUAUGGGGGCUAAGGAGAAAGGGAAGCUGGGCUUGAGUUGAGCUGUUGAGCCUUAAUGGAUUGGGCUACUGGGGAAGAGGGAAGUGAGAUUGAACCGAACAAACAAGAGAAAGGGGGAAUUGGGAUUGGGCUGCAGGGGCUCAAAUUAAUAAAAAUUAAAAUAUGUAUAUAUAUUUAAAAGAAAAGUAAUUCACUGCAGGGGCACGGGCACCUCCGGGCUCUAUGGUGGUUCCGCC